AUGACCGGACCGGACCACUUUCAUGACGCAGCAGUUGGAGCGGCGGCAGUCUUUGCUCUGGCGGCAGUGUGGCGGUGGUGGGUGCUGAUGCGGAGGCUGGCGGCCGCGGCAGGUGCGCCCGAGGCGUCGCGGACGGCUGCCGGCGCCGCUGCUGCUGCUGUCACCGUCUGCACCAUGGUCCCAGUCUACGCCCUUGCCUCGCUCGCCUCGCUCGUCUGGGUCGAGUGGGCGCCUGUUCUUGAUCUGGCUCGGGACGCUUACGAGGGCCUCGUCCUCACCGCCUUUGUGGCCAUGUCGGUCCGUCUCGCCCGCUCGGCCGCCGUCCCUCUGCCGGGCGCCGCCCGCGCCGUCAAUGCGGCACGCAUCUACGCCAUUGUCAAGCCCGCAAUGGCAGCGCUCGGCAUCGUCGGCGCCCUCGUUCCUGCCCUCGGCUGGGAGGAGGGUGUCUUCGGCUGGACCUCGCUGUGGAUGUGGGCCACGCUCGCCAACAACGCCGCCGUCUCCUACGCCAUGGCCGGCCUUAUGGGCAUAUACUCAGUCCUGCACCACGACCUCCCGCCGUCGGCCCGCAUCACACCCAAGCUCCUCUGUGUCAAGGCCAUCCUCUUUCUCGCCUUUUGGCAGGGCUGUCUCAUCGCGCUCCUUGCCCACUUUGACAUGCUCCCGGCCACAGCCCACUACGCCGUCGAGGCUGUCGAGUACCAGCUGCAGGACCUGCUCAUGGUCGUCGAGUGCUGGUUCCUUGCCCUUGCCCACGAGCACGCCUUUAUCCUCGACGCCCCACCGUCCAUCCGCGCCUCGGCCCAGCACCGCUCGCGGACCUCGGACGCAAAGUGGAUCGCAGCCUCCAUCCUCACCAUCAAGCCCGCCAAGCUCAAGACCGAGUAGUGCAGUGGAGCGUGCUCCGCACAAUAGUCCCGUCUUCGUAGAGCACCACAAUCUCGCCGUCUUCCGACACUUCCAGCCCGACAAGGCUCGUGUCGCGGGUCGGGAUCUCGAAGAGCCGCGGGAAGUACUCGUGGACCACAAUCGCCACCUCGUCGCCAGGCUCACAAGCCUCGAGUGUACAAAUCGCCGCACACAUGUGCCCCUGCGACGCCACAACAAGCAGGCCGAGUCCGGAAAGGUACCUCAGAAACGUGAGCCGCGCCAUGGCAGAGAUGCUCGGUGCCAGCGGCUCCCACGGAAAGACGUCGCACGUGUCGAGAAGCCGGGCGCUCCCGCCGGCCUCAUCAUAAACGUAGAGCAACCGCCC